GGUCUUGGACCUUUGUGUAAAUGACAUAUCUGGAACUAUUCCACAAUGCCUCAAUAAUUUUACUGCCAUGGCUCAGAAAGAUAACUCUUCCAUUGGCAUCAUUGAAAGUACUAUUCCUUAUUCAUAUUACAAUGAUACCACAUAUGGGCAAAUGUAUGUUGAUAGUGGGUUGGUUGUAUGGAAAAGAAAGGAGUACAAGUACUAUGGUAGAACUCUUGGACUAUUGAAGAUCAUUAACCUUUCAAGCAACAAAUUGAUUGGGAAACUUCCAAGCGAAAUCAUGAGCCUUUUGGAUUUGAUUUCACUCAACGUAUCAAGAAACAACUUGAUUGGAGAAAUUCCUCAAAUAAUUGGUCAGUUGAAGAUGCUAGAAUCACUUGAUUUGUCAAGGAACCAAUUUUCAGGUGAAAUCCCAUCUAGCAUGUCAGAGUUACAAUUUUUGAGCAACCUAGACUUGUCUUACAAUAAUUUGUCUGGGCGGGUUCCUUUAAGCACUCAACUACAAAGCUUGAAUGCACCUGAUUUUGCAGGAAACCCUGCACUUUGCGGGCCUCCACUUACGCAAAAGUGUCCAGGUGAUGAAACACCAAACCAAAGUGAACUAACUGAUAAUGAAGAGGAUGGAGAUGAAUUGGUAAAAUGGUUUUAUGUCGGAACAGGAUGUGGAUUUGCUAUAGGGUUUUGGGGAGUUUGCUGUUCUUUGGUGUUUAAGCGUUCUUGGAGACAUGCUUACUUCUUGUUAUUUGACAAGAUGAAGGAUUGGCUCUAUGUAACAACGAAAGUGAACAUGACAAGAUUGUGGAGAAAGUUUCAGAGACAGGGAUGACCACUUUCUUUGU